AGAGAAUCAAUGAAGAAUGACAGUAACGGGUCCCUGUUAGGCAGUCAGUGGGCCCCCACUUAUGAAAAGUUCUGGAUCUGCCACUGACUAGCUGUAGGAAUUCUGGUAUGAUAAAAACUCAUCUCUAAACAAAAAGAAAAUCAGACAUGGCCUUAUUGUAUAAUAACUGAUAGUAUUUAUGACUGUUCUUCAGUGCACGGAGACAAGAAAUUUGGGAGCGAUAAUCUUAUUAUUAACCUAGGGAAAUAUACCACACAGAUUUUGAUUUUUUGUAAAUGGAGAAAUGGCCCAACAACUUGUUGACUGUCAAUUUUGUGAUACAAAUCGGAACGCCAGAGGAGGAGUACGAUGGAAAUGUUUAAACUGUGACCUUAAUCUUUGUGAAAAUUGCAAGACUGGAAGACAUUCAAGAAUCAAAGAUUCAAAUCAACAUCGUAUUAUCGAUAUACAAGCACUCAGAACUGAGUCUAGUCCUACCUUAACGGUAGCGGAAUGGACUAGGGAGAUUGAUCUUCAAAAAAUUGUAUGCUUAGAGCAUCCUAAUAAAAAAUGUUAUCACUUUUGCAAAGAAUGUAAAAAGACAAUCUGCCCUUCAUGUUUUCUUGAACAUCGUGAUCACAACCUUAUUGAACUUGAACUUAUUUACAAAGAUCAACAACAAAGAUUGAAAAAUUUACAAAGAGAGAUUGAUAACGGUUUGCAAACACUUCCUGGAAUGAUGACAAUGAUUAGUAAGGAAGAGGAAGAAAUAGCCAGAAACUAUGAUGACGUCAGAUUAAAAAUAGAGCAGAGAGAAAGUGAAAUAAAAGUACAAGCAACAAAUGAUGCAAAACGUCUUUUGAAAGAUCUAGAGGAGUUUCGAAAAACGGAAAAUACAGUUAUAUCUCUGAAGCAGAAAAAAAUACGCAUGUAUGAAGUAAAUCUGAAACAUCAAAAGAACAAGAUCCAGGAAACUUUCAAAUCGCACGAAGCAACUUCUAUUCUAACAUCUAUUGGACAAAUAGACAACAAGAUAGCACUAGACAAUACUGUAAAAGGAUCAAAACAAAAGUUUAUUUUCAAGACUCCUUCUUCUCAUUGCAUUGACUUUGGAUCUUUGAUUAAAAUACCAGAAAUUUUUAUCAAAAGUAAAUAUCAAAUUGAAGAUAUUAAUGUUUCUGGAAUUAAAGGCAAACAUGGAAAUUACUCGACGAUAGUGUUUAAGAAGAACAAGCUAGGUUUAUAUUUUCUAGGAAAUGUCUCUUUCAGUGAUUCUGAGUCCAAAUGUAUCAUUUCAAAUGAAAAAGAAAUUUCGAAUGAUGUUUUUGAUUUGACAAUUACAAAAGAUGGCGUUAUACUAUUUUCAAUGGCUAAAAGCUCGGAGAUAAAGUGUAUUACCAAAAACAGUGAAAUAGAAACCUUUUCGUCCCUCGAGCCAAAACAAGUUAGAGGCAUCCAUGCCUGUGACAAUGGAAACAUUUUGGUUGGGUUCUCAAGUUUUCAUAAUGGCGAACAAAGUGGUCUCUUAGUUCUGAAUGAAGAAAAAGUACAGAUUAAGACAUUUGAACUAGACAUGAAUAAUGAAAAAAUAUUUUCUUUCCCUGAUAAAAUUACAACCAACAAAAAUGGUGACAUUUGUGUUAUAGAUCAUAGAUUCUAUGUAGGAAGGGUCGUUGCAUUAAAUGAAGGAGGUCAUGUAAAAUGGACAUAUAAUGCGCAUGACAUGGAAACAUUUAACCCUUGUGACAUAGUGACAACCUCUACUGGGUUAGUAAUUAUAACUACAGACUAUGAUUGUAAUGUCGUUCAUAUUUUAUCUGAAAAUGGCGACUUCCUCACAAAGUUCGGAGGAGACGAAGUCAAUAUAUCAAUGGUCAGAUGUUUAAACAAUGAUCAAGAAGAAAAUUUGCAAAUUGCAUGCAAUUUGUCGGACCAUGUUGAAAUAAUUAUAGCGAAAAUCUCGUGAGUC